CUCUCGGAAUGUAUUUCAUUUUUUAAUAAAAUGACGACUUUAAAGCGAGCACUUAAUGCCCAGGCUUUACUGAGAGAGUUGACCAGCAAAUAAUUUGUCUUGCAAAUUUCACAACAUAUGCUGGUGAUAUUAAACCUGAUUCUGAUAUUGCUGCUAUUCCUUCUGCUGAAAUCAGCUCAGAGGAUGUUGUAUUGUUAGAGGUAGUAUCUUACAAAUAAUUCAGCAAGCUGAGGCCCUGUAGGCCUCUCUGGUGUGUAAAAGGUCAUAGUAUAUUUAAGAUGUUCAGGGUAGUUUGAGUCGAUGUUCUCUUCAGUAGUUGUACAUUAAUCAAAAUGACCUGAAUGAAUUUUUUGGUUUUACUUAUAUUUCUAUACAUAGAACAUAGAAUAGUACAGUACAUUACAGGCCCUUUGGCUCACAAUGUUGUCCCGACCCUCAAACCCUGCCUCCCAUAUAACCCCCCACCUUAAAUUCCUCCAUAUACCUGUUUAGUAGUCUCUUAAACUUCACUAGUGUAUCUGCCUCCACCAGUGACUCAGGCAGUGCAUUCCACGCGCCAGCCACUGAGUAAAAAACCUUCCUCUAAUAUCCCCUUUGAACUUCCCUCCCUUACCUUAAAGCCAUGCCCUCUUGUACUGAGCAGUGGUGCCCUGGGGAAGAGGCACUGGCUGUCCAUUCUAUCUGUUCUUCUUAGUAUCUCGUGCACCUCUAUCAUGUUUCCUCUCAUCCUCCUUCUCUCCAAAGAGUAAAGCCCUAGCUCCCUUAAUCUCUGAUCAUAAUCCAUACUCUCUAAACCAGGCAGCAUCCUGGUAAAUCUCCUCUGUACUCUUUCCAAUGCUUCCACAUGCUUCCUAUAGUGAGGCGACUAGAACGGGACAUCUACAAGGCACCUUAAUGAGUAUAAUAUGACUGUUGCAUUUACUGCACCAAAUUUUAGGGGUUAACUGGUAAUAAACAGUAAGUCAUCCCUGAAAAUGUACAUUAAAAAUGUUUCCUUCCAUGUAGGUUAAAACUUUGUUUUGGAAUAGAAUGUCAACCAUGCAUUUUGUUGCAACAAUGCAGCUUUUAAACUGCAGGUAUUUUGCAACCAACAACCAAGAGACCAAAGCAUGAACUACAGUACCACUUUUGCCCACACUGUACCAUAAUAUGUGGAUCCCGUAUCAGCCUGUACAGCCACUUCAGACCCACCAGCAACCCCCUAGGAGAAUAUCAUAACUAACUCUAGUGAUUACACUACUAGUAUUGUGCAACUCCAUUAGUUUAUAGAGAAAAUCUGCAGGUGCUGGAAAUCCGCGAAACGUACACAAAAUGCUGGAGGAACUCAGCAGACCUGGCAGCAUCUAUGGAAAAAAAGUACAGUCGAUGUUAUGGACAGAAACCCUUCAACAGGACCUUCUUUAUUUACUAGUAGAAUUGGUAUUGCAUGUUGUUACGAAUGAUGAGCAACUCUGAUGGGCAGAAGGGUACAGAAUUGCCAAUGCCCCCCCCUUUUUUUUUGGAGAAUCGUAAAUCGCUACUAUUCCGAUGCUGUUAUCAAGGGAGAUGAGAGAGACACAGGAUAACAGCAAAAGGCAGUUGUUAUUGACAACACUCAUGAAAAAUUAAAGAGAGAGAGGUCCACAGGUUGGAAUGUCUCCUGUUGACAAAGAGAGAGAUUACUGCUAUUGUCUCUUGGAGACGGAAUCGUGUAUUGAGUACAGUUCUAUUCAUUGAAACCCCUCGGGGCAACCAGAGUGGUCUGGUUGAUGUGUUGCUUCAUCCCAACCUGAUUGACACCUGAUACCCCGUGAGUGGGGAUAAAAGUAGGGUCUGGGGAAACACCCCUCAGACGUACUAGGAGAGACGCUAUGAGACUGGUGGGGGCUUGUGUGUGUGUCCGCCCUUGCCUGGGUGACGAGUCCUCCACGGAAUGGUCUAGCUAAAGGAUGGAGGGGUCAUACGUGAAUGGCCACAAAAACAACGCAUCGACGGAUCAAGAUCGUAAAAGGAAAGUCAGCAAGUCAAUAGCUGUUUCCCUCUCUCUCUCUCCAACAAUUGCAACACAGUGAUCAACAACUACCGCAGCCUGCAUGAACUGUACUGAACUUUAUAUUUCCAUCAGACAAUUCAUUAUUCCCUAGACAAGGAUAGAGCUUAUUUCUUAUUGAUUAUUAUUAUACCUGCACUUUUAAGUUUAGUAUUGAUGUCGUAUAUUAUCGGUAUAUUUGCAUUGAUAUUAUUUUUGUGUAUUUUUACUAAUAAAUACUGUUAAAAAUAGUAUCAUCAGACUUCAACGGAUACUCCUAUCUUUGCUGGUAAGAUACCCAGUUACGGGGUACGUAACAACUUGGGGCCUCGUCUCGAGAUUUGAUAUCAAAUUGGAGGGCCAGUGCAUUGGGCUUUUAAGUCCAUAUUUGGAUCUGGUUGCGCAGGUAACAAGACGGGAAACCAGCAAAGAUGGACAUAGAAGAAUUUACACAAAACCCAACUUUGAAGGCGCUAGAGGAGGCCACAAAGACGGACUUGGUAAAUAUUGCGAAAGGACUAAAUCUCGCAGAGGUGAGGUUGUCAAUGAAAAAGUGGGAGGUGCAGAGGGCCAUAACUCAGUAUUAUAUUGUGAAGAAUGUUUUUUCGGCUGAGGUAUUGGAACAGAUCCCUGAAAAGGUACCAGCUAGUGGGACGGUUCAGUUAGAGUUGGAAAAAUUGAGGCUGGACGUGGAACAGAGGAAAAGGGAGUAUGAGCUCCAGCUAAAGGAGUUAGAGGCGAAGAGGGAGCAUGAAAUUAGGUUAAAACAGCUGGAAGCAGCUGAAAAGGAGAAGGAAAGAGCUGAAAAGCAGAGGGAGCAUGAAAUUAGGUUAAAACAGCUGGAAGCAGCUGAAAAGGAGGAAGGAAAGCUGAAAACCAGAGGGAGCAUGAACGCAAGUUAAAACAGCUGGAAGCAGAGGAAAGGGAGAAGGAAAGAGCUGAAAGAGAGAAGGAGAAACAGAGGCAGCAUGAGCUGGACAUGGAGAAGUUAAGGCAAGUGCGAAGAGUUCAAGGGGCAGACCGAGAGGAGAGGUUUAAUGUUAGUAGGGAGUUUAGGUUAGUACCUCCGUUCGAGGAGGCGGAUGUUGAUAGUUAUUUCUUGCAUUUUGAAAAGGUGGCAGUGAAAAAGUGGCCUAGAGAUCAGUGGGUGGCAUUGUAACAAAGUGUGUUAAAAGGGAAGGCACAACGGGCAUAUGCGGCGUUGUCUGUGGAGGAGGAAGAGUAUGAGAAUUACGAGGAAGUAAAACAGGCCAUUCUUCGGGCCUACGAAUUGGUACCUGAGGCAUAUGGACAAAAGUUCAGAGAUUUAAAGUAAGUGUGGAAUCAGACGUAUGCAGAGUUUGCCUAUGAGAAGGGUGUGCUCUUGGAUCGUUGGUGUGCGGCAGAAAGGGUGGAAGAGGAUUUUCGUCGUUUCAGGGAGUUAAUUCUGAUUGAGGAAUUUAAAGGUUGUGUUUCGGAUGAUAUCCGGAUGUAUUUGAACGAGAAGCCGAAUAAGUCCAUAUCUGAAUUUGCCAGGUUCGCAGAUGAAUAUGCCCUAACCCACAAGACAAAGUUUUCCUUGAAUAAGAGUUACCAGAAAGACCGUAGGAACGGUAGAGAAAGCCCGCCGGCUGAGGCAGAAAUUCAGCCGGGAGCUAGUGGUAAAAGUAAGGAGGAAGAAAGGCAAGCUGGCAGGAGGGUUCCUGGCUUGACCUGUUUUCAUUGUGGAAGGGUUGGUCAUAUUGCAUCUAAGUGCUUUGCUCCGAGGAAGGAGACAGGAAAAGGGAAAGCAGCAGUCCCUACAGGGUGUAUUGUGUCGAUCAGCAAGUCGACGAGAAAGCCCCAGGGAGAUAAAAAACGAGAGGAGCGUGAGAAAUUUAUUUCGGAAGGGACCAUGUCUGUGAAAGAGGGAGAAACACCAGUUCCAGUGCGGAUCUGGAGAGAUACUGGAGCUGAGCAGUCAUUGAUUCUCAGUAAGGUACUAGAUUUUGGUCCUGAGACGGGAGAGGUAGUUUUGAGAGGCAUCGGAAAAGGGACAGAAGCUGUGCCUUUGCAUAGGAUCAUUAUAAAUUGUGAUCUGGUAUCUGGACCAGUUGAAAUAGGGGUGCGAUCAGAAUUCCCGAGAGCUGGCGUGGACGUCCUUCUUGGUAACGAUUUAGCAGGUGGUGACGUAUGUUCAGCAGUGAAGCUGACGAGCAAGCCUGUAAGUGUUGAGGACCCGCCCCUAGAUUCCAAGAUCUAUCCCGCAUGCGCGAUCACUCGCAGCAUGUCGAGAAAGGCAGCUGAGAAAGAGACCAGUUUAAAUCAGUCCAGUGUUGAUUUGGCUGAGAGGUUUUUACCAACCCUGUCCCAAGAGAGGUUGGGGGUGGUAAAACGGAGAAUAGGGAGGUGAAAGAGAGUAAAGGAGAGGAGAUAGACCUACACUUAGCCAGGAGGAAAUUUAUAGAGGCACGGAGUAAAAAUGAGAAACAGAUAAGGCUGUUAGAAGGUCCAGAGUUGGACAUAGAUGAUCUGUCUGGCUUGACAGAACUGUUUGAAGAAGUUGAAGAAUUUAAAGGUGUUCCCGAUAAUGAAAUAA